AUGAAUCUGCCAUCAUGGAGGCAAAUGAGGAAAUUAACCUCGCAAGCCACAAGUUUGGUAAUAUCCUCUGGUAAACAACUAACCCCCUUGACUCAUUUUCUGGCUUGCCUCAGCCUUCUUAUUAUCCCUCCCCCUGCUGAAGGAAAACUGUUCUGGGCUUAUUUGUCCAGUCCUCCUGUAGCACAGCCAGUAACUUGGGAGGAUCCAACCCCUAAAAUUCAUAUUAAUUUCUCUAUCUUGGGGAACGGGGUCCCUAGUUUCUUCCCUUCUGUGCAAUCUCCUAUAAAUUAUUCCGGAUUGGCCUUUCACCCUCCGAUCUGUUUUCAAAAAGAAACCCAUCCAAAGAGACUAACACUCUCUUGCUUGGGAUCCGUGCCUGUAGGCAGAGUCCUAAAUUAUUCUACUUGGUCUCUCUUUCAUGUAAAAGGUAAAAUGCAAUGGGCACAAAAGUAUAUACAGGCCUAUUGGCAGAAGUUGGAAAUCAUUGGAGAUGGGGUUCAUGAUUCCAAGAGUGCCCCUAUUGUUAUGAAUCAAUGUCCUUACAAAGGAAAUGCAUUAGAAGGAACCUAUGCUUUUGAUGAUUGUCAGAUGUAUUCACCCAAGACCUUCUCUCCACAUGAAGUGGACUUCCCAAUAUUUGAUCUAUCUCGAUCAGCACGUCAUACUUCCACCUCCACAUUGGGUCCCAUCCUAAAACCCCUUCGUUUAAUUCCUAGCUAUAUGCGCAUACCCAAUGCGGAAUUGCAAGAGCACACUCGAGCUAUCCCGCGAUCCAUUUUAUUGACUAGUACAGGAAAAGUACACAGAGAUUUAUGGAAGCUUUAUGCUGCUUUUGACCAGAUUUACACAAAUGAUAGCAUAGGCUUUCCAGAGGCUAUUCUAAAUCCCACGUUCUGCGUUCGCACAUGCGUGCCCCCUCCCUUUUUCUUAGUAAUAGGAAACGGCCAGGUAACUGUCGAAAAAACUAAAACCUCUACCUUUUAUCGACUUCAUUGUCCCUCGUGCAUAUUAACAAAUUACAUACCUAUAGAUAAGAAGAUUGAUUUCAACACAAAGUUAUUCCUGGUGCAACAACCUCCAUAUUGGAUGAUUCCUGUUGAUGUGAGAGGACCUUGGUACGCGAACUUUGGCAUGCAGUUAGCUCAAGAAUUGGUGAAGAAGCUAAGAAGAACUCCAAGAUUUCUUGGACUUUUAAUUGCAGGGAUAGUGGCUACUAUUGCUCUUAUUGCUUCUGCUACUGUAUCUGUUGUAUCUUUGCAUGAAAAUGCUCAGACUGCUGAACAUGUAAAUGAAUUUGCUAGAAAUGUAACUGUUGCUCUCGAUGCUCAAAAGAGAAUUGAUGAAAAAAUUGAAGCACAGAUUGAAGCUUUAAAAGAAGCCAUUUUAUAUCUUGGUGAUCAAUUUGUUGUACUAAAAACUAUAACCCAAUUGACUUGCCAUGAUGCUUAUAAGCAUAUUUGUGUUACCCCUCUGCCUUUUAAUGGGUCAUGGGAAAAUGUUGACAGCUCAUUCCCUUUAGCACUGAAUAAUCCUCCAUCGUCUGGAAUCCAUGCACGUGAUAAAGGACAACUUGGGUGCUUCCAGAUUUUGGCAAUUACGAGUAAAGCUGCUAUAAACAUCUUCGUCAUCGUCGUCGUCAUCAUCAUCAUCAUCAUCAAGAAGAACAGAUUACAGGAAAUCUACCAGUAA